AAUGUAUGCAACCAGCUCAGCGAAGUGUAAAUAGGUAUGAUCUAAUUAAAGGCGCGUUUUUGACAGCUGUGAAUGUCUUAAUGGCUUCCACGAGCAGAGGUUCCCCUGAUGACGAUGGUUACAAACGGUUUACAGAAGAUAUCCACAAUGUGUCGUAUGGCUCGAAUACCUCAAACCCGAUUGAUGAGAUGGGAAGUAGAUCAAGUCUCAGUAGAGACGAUAUCGGAGAUAUGGAUCAAUGGGAGAUGAAUUUCCACGAAGCAGCUAUAUUUUUAGAGGAAGGCGCAAACAAUGAAAAGUUUGAUUCACAUCCUCGCCACCCAGGAGCGCUUCCUGCCUACCUUCUCGUACACAAUUCCUGGUACUAUGGAUUUGAUCUCUUCUUCUCUUUGGUCCUGUUAAUGCUGGCGAUGGUCGAACAGCCAUCUUUAGACACGUUCGAGUUUCCCGUUGCGAUUCAUAGCACGCUGGAACUGGUAGCUCUUGGCGUGAUCGGAGUAGAAUUGAUGCUGAAGUUGAGGUGGAUCGGGUGGAGAACCAUACUGAAGCACAAGAGGACUAUGGUUAAGUGUGUCACUCUGUCUAUAAUGGUCCUCGAAGCAAUAGCCGUACUAGUCCGUCAAUCGUCGCACUUCCGCGUAACCAGAGCUUUAAGACCGAUCUUCCUGGUGGACACCCGAGCCUGCGGAGGCGUCCGCCGAUAUAUCAGACAGAUACUACAGUCUCUGCCGCCGAUCCUCGAUAUGUUGGGGCUGUUGAUGUUCUUCGUAUGUUCCUACGCCCUUCUGGGUUACUUUCUCUUCAGCGGACAUGAAACCAACCUUUAUUUUAGGACGUUGGGCGAUAGUUUCGUCAGUAUGUUCGUGUUACUGACUACGGCCAAUUUCCCAGAUGUGAUGAUGCCUUCAUAUGCAAUUUCAAAAUGGACGGCUGCCUUUUUUAUUUCUUAUAUUUCGACUGUUCUAUAUGUAUUGAUGAAUUUGAUGCUUGCCGUUGUAUACGAAACAUUCACGGGAAUUGAAAAGGACAAAUUCAGAAAACUCCUUUUACAUAAAAGACAAGCUUGCAAACUCGCCUUUAGACUUCUCGUCAGCAAACAAACACCGAACCAUAUCAGAUUUAAGCAAUUCCACGGACUGAUUCGAUAUUAUGCUCCAAAGACAAGAUUGAGAGAUGUCGUUUUGAUGUUUCGUCAAUUGAAUAAAUCCAACUCAGGACAGCUCACACAAGAAGAGUUUCUUAAUGUAUACGAUUCCUUGACAUUGAGGUGGAGGAACAAGACACCAUUGGAUCCAUGGUUUUCGGCGGCGUGGCCCCCACUUAGAGCCUUUUGCCGGGCGGCAAAAACGUUAGUGACGUGGCCCUUCUUCGAACAUUUUGUUUAUGUUUUAAUAAUAGCAAACGGAGUGGCAAUGUUCGUAAGAGUUAUGCAAAACUCAGAUUCUUUGGAAGAAGGUGCCAAGUUGUUUUGUGCCUCAUGGGAUACCUAUUUCUUUUUAAUAUUGUUUUUAAUGGAAGCCCUAUUGCGAAUAAUCGGACUAGGAUGGGCGGAAUACAUAUCAUCCGGAUGGAACAUCUUCGACCUAUCAGUGACACUUUCUGCUUUAAUUGGGGCAUUUUUACUAUCCAUGUUACCGAACCUUACGGCAGUAGUCAUAUUAAGACCUUUGAGGUUAUUACGAUUGUUUAAGUUGAAAAAGAGGUAUCGAGAUAUUUUCGGCACAUUGGUCCUUCUGAGUCCAUUGAUGUGGUCUACUGGGAUAGUUAUGAUGGUCAUGUAUUACUUCUUCGCUAUAAUAGGAAUGGAGCUGUUUUCGUCGUAUAAUUUGAAAAACUGUUGCGAGAACAGCACCGUGGAAGACUUUUACAAAUCCAACGGGACAUCUAGCGGCAUCGGCUACUACUAUCUAAACAACUUCUCGAACCUCCUGACUUCAGGCGUCACCUUGUUCGAACUGACAGUGGUCAACAACUGGUUCAUCGUCAUGGACGCCUAUGCUUUUCAAUCGAAAAAUAAGUUUUCGCGAUUGUACUUCAUGAUGUUUUAUUUGUUUACGAUGGUUGUGUUGACGAUAGUUGUAGCUUCUGUUUUGGAAGCGUUCAGAUUUAGGAUCCAGUACAAGCAACAGACUUCAAAGAAAGAUGAGGAACUUAUGUUGCACGAAGAAGUGAUUGUGGACUGGAAUUCACUGCAAUCACAGGUUCAAGAAGUAAGACUUCUAGAGUCACUUCAAACGGACUUCGUUGUGGGGGGUGUAGUAUCGUACAUUGGUAGACGAAGACGAACAAGAGAGGUCCUUCAACACCACAUGUACGACAUAGAAAUAAAGCAAUGGCUAGAAGAAGCGGAACAGAACGAAAGGGAUGACAUCAAUCUGAUUAUCGAAGAAGCGCAAAUGAACGCCAGGCUUAUCUCCGCUUAAUUGUGAUUUUUUAGAGUGAUUGAUGCUAUUUCAAAAGAUACUAAUUUUGAAAAGUAAGACAUCGGUAUUAGUAUUAACGUAAUUUUAGAUACAUGUCCUCUUCGAAUGCUAAUUUGGAAUUUAUAAAGCAUAUAUACGGAGGCAAUGAGAAAAUUCUCGGUCUAUUGGCGAACAAUUAAGUUUUUAUCAAAAAAAGUACUUUUGUCUCACUUAAGUCGACAUACAAUGGGAUCAACAGUGACAAAUUUAACAUAUUUACUGGAGUAAGACAGGGAUACGUGCUUUCUCCGUUUCUUUUGAACAGAGCAGUAGAUUAUGUUCUCUCCAAACUAAACUCCGACGCAAGAGGUAUAAAAUGGACGUUAACCACACGCCUAAGCGAUCUAGAAUACGCCAAUGAUAUCUGCCUCUUAGGAAAAAAGGUUCCAAGAUGUAGCUGAGUAACUGGAAACACUUUCCACUGAAGCCACUAAAAUAGGUUUGAAAAUCAAUAUUAGUAAAACCAAAUCUGUGAGAAUAAAUGCAAGAAACAACAUACUAUUUACUAUUAACAACAUGCAGAUUGGAAAUGCGGAAAAUUUUAUGUAUCUUGGAAGUGUCAUAACAGAAAGCGUUGGUGUAGAAGACGAUAUUCGUAUGAGGAUACGAAAAUCUUAACAAGCAUUCAGGAUGCUCAACCCUGUUUGAAGUAGUUAGUUUGAAGGUCUGGCCAGUAUACUACGAAGACAAAGAUCUAAAUAUUUCACUCAAAUGUCAUGUCUGCUCUACUCUACGGAUAGGCUAUUGAUUAUGUUCAAAAUAAGAGAGCUAAAAGGAGCUACAACGUUAACGGGAUUUUAUUGUCUCAUAGUCAAUGGACCUCUAAAUUUGAAAAAAUCGAGGAGUGCUACCAUUUAAAUGGGUGCGUUUUUGAGAAAUGGGUGAAUGGCAGCUAUGUACGCCGUUGCUCCCGCUUGGCGGCGCUAGUGUAGUUGUAAGUCAACGUUUUGACAAUUCGUGAAGUUUGUAUAUGGUGUUUUUGUGUACGAUUUAAUAAAUAAUAAAUUAUCGCAGAAAAAUACGAAUAUUGGACUGUUUGUGCGUUGAAAAACAAAUUAAGAAAAAGGAACUCGAGAGUUACUGGAAAAAAGGAAGCCCUUAUCGAAAGAUAAACUAUGUUAAUCAUCGUUUUAAUGUUUUAUUUCUCAAAUUUAUUUUUAUCAUUUUAUUUUCUCAAAUUAAAUUCACACAGCGAAACAAACAUCUUCUUCUUCUUCUUCCUUCUUGUAUGUAGGCUUUAAAGCCUGUUUCUCCUUCAAUAUUAGCCUCCUAAAUUGUUUAAAUUAUCGCACCAUCUUUUUCUUGGUCUGCCAAUACUUCUUCGUCGAUUUGGUGACUUAUCUCGUGCUAUUCGUACUAUCCUAUCCUCUGCCAUUCUACUAAUGUGUUCGUUCCAUCCUGUUUCCGUUUUGUCACUUAUCCAUUUAUCUUGUACAUUGCAUGAUCUUAUGUUUUCGCUUCUCUCCCUAUCCAACAGACUUUUCCCUGAUAUUCGUCAAUGUAUUUUUAUCUAUAUUGUUUCUAGUAGUCGUCUCGUUUUAGAUGUGUCAGGUCAUGUCUCCGCCGUGUAUGCCAAUAUAGGUCUAAUUGCUGCUCUAUAGAUUCUUGCUUUUCUGUCUGGUCUUAGGUGUUUGUUCUUCCAGAUGGUGUCAUUAAGAGAUACCGCCUCUUUACUUACUUUUAAGCUUUGUUGUCGUACUUCCUCUUCAACAUAUCCGUAACUGGUUAUAUCUAUUCCCAGAUAUCUAAGCUUUGCUUCCUGCUUUAUUAUUUUGCCAUCAAUUUCAAUUUUACAUCGUAGUGGGUAUUUAGAUGUUGUCAUACAUUUUUUUUUCUGCUGAUAUUAUCAUAUUGUAUUUCGUGGCUGUUGUAUUGAAGAUGUGUGUUAAUCUUUGGAGAUCGUCUUCUGUCUCGGAGAUUAAUGCGGCGUCGUCUGCAUAACAUAAUAUUUUCAUUUAUUUGUUCCCCAUUUUGUAACCAUGACCUUUACGUACUGCCUCUAUUAUUUCGUCCAUUAUUAUAUUCAAGAGCAGUGGGCUUAACGAGUCACCUUGUCUGACUCCGCUUUGUACUGGUCUAAACUGUGUUAGUUUUCCAUUUAUCUUUGCCUGUAUUCGAUUAUGGAAGUAGAUGGUUUCGAUGGUUUGUAUAAUAUUGAUUGGUCUUCUAUACAGUAAGUAUAAGACGUCUUCGACUUGGAUGCGAUCGAAAGCCUUUGUCAGGUCUAUAAAACACAGAUAUGCUGGUUUAUUGUACUCGAUGGCCUUUUCUUUGAUUUGUCUUAGUACAAAUACGGUGUCUACACAGGAUCUUCUGGAUCUGAGUCCUUGUUGUUCAUCUAAUAAAGUUGUUAGUUUAUUGAUUUUGUUGGUUAGGACUUUUGUGGUUAGCUUAAUUACGGUGCUCAGUAGAUUUACACCUCUAUAAUUGUUGAGAUCUUCUAUAUCUCCUUUCUUGAACAUUACAUAAAACAAAUCACAACAUGAAACAAAAAUAUAAUAUGCAAUAUUUACUUAGAAAUAUAUUGAUUGGAAGAGUUGACAUAAGUUGACUUGACCUCCAACUACACAAGCGCCACCUACGUUGAGCUUUCCAGAUUAGCUGCCAUUAGGGUGAGUGCUAUGCUCUUUUGGUACAAAAACGUCUACAGGAAAAUUGUUCCAGGUUAAAUUUACUAUCGAAAUAUUACAUUUUAAAGUCAGAAAUAUUUUUAUUUACAAAAAUAUAUUCAAAAGAAAAGCAAAAAAAAAACAACACGAAAGAAAGCAAUUUUGUUUUUUGCCCCAUAACUUUUUACCACAGGGAUAUAGGUAUAGACAUUGCUUCAGCAAAAAAUAACUUACAUUCUUUCUUUUUAAAAUGACGUUUAGUAGAAGUCUCUAGGAUUUAUAUUUUCCGAAAUAGGAUUUUAAAAAUUCGCCGCUCGCAGCAUUUUUGGGCCAUUUUCUCCAUUAUUUCGCAAACAUUGUUCUGUAACUUUUUUUACGCAUAUCUAGGUAUAUGCAGUGGUGCAUUUAUUAGAAAGAGGAGUCAAUUACCUUUAAAAUGGUCUAUUGUAUAAGGUUGCUUGACUAUGUUGAAGCAAGUUCUGCUUUUUCAAAGUUUUGUACUUUUAAUGAUUUUUGAUAUUUUUUAUGAUUAUUUUUUAAAUUUCUCAUUAUAACCUUUUUUCUUGUACAUUUAGGGAUAUACAGCAGCAUAUUUUCAUUACUUUAAAUUGGUGUAUUCCAAAAAAAUCUCGGACUAUUUUUAAACAAGAUAUCCGUAGGAUAUCCAAGAGUAUCCGUAAUUUGAAAAAAAUUUAAAAUUUUUUAUUUUUUUUCUCAAGUAGAAGAAUAUAAUUGCAUAUUAUAAUAUAAUUUUUAAUUCCAAAUAAUUUUUCUUAACACCUUUUGAUAUUGUGAAAUAUAAAGGUACUUUACUCCUGAGCAAAUUCAUAUUUUUUAGCAUUCCUCGUACACUAUUAAUAAAAUUUUAUAUCUGAUGAUUGCAUUUUAAGUUUCACACUAGGCAGAGCAUUUUGUAAAGAAUAACUUUUCUUCAUAAAAUUAAUACUAAAAAAGUUUUCCAUAUGGUUCCAACUAUUGCAUGUGUAUAUGUCACACUUUGAAAAAGCAUAUCUUGUUUAAAAAUAGUCCUAGAAUUUUUUUACAGUACACCAUUUUAAAGUAAAGAAAAUGAGCUUUCCUUUUUAUUACACAAUGUAUAAUACCCAAAUAUACAAUAAAAAAGUUAUAAUGAGAAAUUUAAAAAUAAUCGUAAAAUAUAACAAAAAUCAUUAAAAGUAUACAAUUUUGAAAAACCGUAUCUUGAUUAAAUAUAGCCAUACGGCCUUCUACGAUAGAACAUUUUAAAGUUAAUUGACUUCUCUUUCUACUAAAUGUACCAUUAUUACUAAAUGUACAUUGCGUAUACCUAGAAAUGCGUAGAAAAAAGCUACAGAACAAUGUUUCCGAAGUAACAAGGAAAAUAUCCCAAAAUCGCUGUGAGUGGCGAAGUUUUAAAAAUCAUAUUUUGGAAAUUGUAAAUCACAGGGACUUCUACCAAACGCCAUUUUAAAGAGGAAGGAUGGAAGUUUUUUCUGUGAAGCAAUGCCCAUACCUAUAUCCCCGUGAAAAAAAGUUAUGGAGCAAAAAACAAAAUUGCUAUCUUUCAUAUUUUUUUCUUGCUUUUCUAUUGGAUAUAUUUUUGUAAAAAAACAUGUUUUUACUUCAAAAUGUGAUAUUUUGAUAGUAAAUUUAACCUGGAACAAUUUUCCUAUAGACGUGUUUGCACUAAAUGCGCAUAGAACUCACCCUAAUUCGCCCUGUGCCUAGGGACUAAUUCACCCCUUUCUCAAAAACGCACCCAUUUAAAUGGUAGCACUCCGAUGUUUUUUCAAAUAUAGAGGUCCAUUGACUAUAUGAAACAAUAAAACCCUGUUAACGCUGUAGUUCCUUUCUAAAAUACAUGGACAAACUGGGGGUUAAAUUCCCAAUUUGUUAAUGACUAAAUAAGGUCCCACUGACCUCUGUGGACUGUAUGUUAGUUACCAACGCUUUGGUUCAAAAAUCACACCCCAUAAAGAGGUGGUAAAAGGUUAUAUCUAAUCCUUUAACUAAGAUUAAAUUAAUAAAGCGAGUUGAGAAAGUAAAGGUUUAAUUAUCCUAGAUAAAAAAAA